GCUGCUGCUGCUGCUGCUGCCGCCGCCGCCGCCGGCGGCGGGGGAGCGAGCCCCUGCCCUCCGGCUCCCGGCCCGCCCGCGGUUCGCUCCGCAGCAGCCGGCCCGGCCCGAGGCCGCUGCCGGGGGCUCCGAUCCCCCGUCCCUGCCCGGGGCCCGACGCAGCCCGCCGGGCGCCUCCCGCCGUCGCUCCCCUGAGGCGGGACCGUGCCCGCGGCCGCGUCCCUGCCGCGGGAUGAAGAGGAUCUUCGGGUUCGCGAGGAAGAAGAAAGGGCAGCCGCCGUCCGGCAGCGCCUCCCUGCCCUGCCCCGCCGGUGCCUACGAGCUCCGGCAGAAGGACCUGGGCAAGCUGCACCGUGCGGCUGCCAGCGGCGACCUGGCCCAGGUGCGGCAGGGGCUGAAGAAAUACGGCGUCGACGGGCGGGACAAGGCGGAGCGGACACCUCUGCAUCUUGCUUCUGCAAACGGCCACGUGGAUGUCGUUACAUAUCUAGUAGAAAACAAGUGUAAGCUAAAUCUUUUUGACAAUGAUAACAGAUCGCCACUGAUGAAGGCAGUACAGUGCCAGCAAGAAAAAUGUGUGGCUGUUCUGCUACAGCAUGGUGCUGACCCAAAUCUGGCAGAUGCUGACGGCAACACUGCUCUUCACCUUGCUGUCAUAUCUCCUAAUAUAUCUGUAGCAGGGCUGUUACUUGAGCAUAAUGCCAAUAUUGAUGCCCAGAAUAAGGAGGGAUGUACCCCGCUUAUUCUUGCUGUCUCUGAACAUCGUGAAGAGAUAGUAGAGUUUCUCCUCAAAAAAGGAGCUGACGUGCAUGCUCGAGAUCAAUGUGAAAGAACCCCACUUAUGACUGCUGCUUCUGGUGGGGAGCUUAAUUUGAUAAAAGUUCUUCUUCAGUAUGGUGCUGAUGUUUCCCAUAAGGACACUAACGGAUGGACAGCUGAGGAUUAUGCUGUUAUUCAUGGAUAUUCUAGUCUCAGUAAACAACUGGCAGAAUAUGCAGACUGGGAAAACACAGGAGAAGCUUCUGCAGGUGGUGCACAAGGCAUCAUGGUACCUAGCACUCCUCACCGGGUAGGAGCUGCUGGCUUUGCGUUGGGUGCACCUGCUGUGGACAGAGGAGGAAUGCAACAAUCUCCUAACCAGACAUCAAGAACAGGAAAAUCAAGGAAAGCAAUAGAUGACUUUUCCCAAGGAGACUCAAUAAGAAGCUCUGAGAAAGAGGGGAGUGGUGACAGUUGGCAUACUUCCGAGGAAGAAGAACUUGAUUUCACCCCCAAGAAGCUGCAGAAGCCAAACUUGACACUGUUAAUGAACGUUUCCCAGCAGUUCAAGAAAAACAAUGAUGGCGAUGGUUCUAGAAUUGAAAGUCCUAAGUCACCAAAGAAAAGCCUCAAACAAAGAACCCCGUCAGAUGCAAACCUGAACAAAGGAGAAUGUGGAGAAUUGUUGAGUCAAGAUGUCUCAGAUGCAAGCAACCUGGAGGAAGAAGAAUUGGAGGAGGAGGAGGAGGAAGAUGAUGAAAAUGAAGGAGAUGAUGAUGAAGAUUAUGAGGAGGCAGAGGAAGAAGAGGAGGAGGACGAGGAUCUUACACAAGAUGAAAAGGAGGAGGAGGAUCUGGAAGAUGAAGAAACUCAGUCUAACGACAUAUUGGAGGAGGAGCAGGGGGCGAAAACAGAACCUAAAGGGGAAAUCAGUCAGAAAUUGGAGUAUUUUAGUAACACCAAGUAUGAAGGAGAAGCUUGGCGUGGAACUGGAGAUGUCUGUGAUGAUGAUGAUAAAAUAAGUAAAGAACUUGAUGAAAAGGUGGAGGAAUCUGUUGAUACUCCUGUGUCUUUUAUAGCUGGGUGUCAUGAAGGGUCGCAAGAAGAUGCAAUUGCCAUGUCUCCAAAGAUAAUGAAUAAUGAAGUAUCUUGCAAGUCAGUACCAAAACAAGCUGUCUUUCAAAAUCUAAAUAAUUUGCAAGAUACACAAGAAAGCUGGAACAGGAAAAGCAUGAUACAGGAGAAGUUUCACAGAAAUGCUGACUCCUGUCUUGCAGACUCUGAAACGACAGACUGGAAAAAAGAGAUACCUCAGCCUCUCUCAGAUAGUUGUGGUCUUAAGGAGAAAAAGUCAAGCUUCAGUGAUGGCUUUGAAAGUGGUAAUAAUUCUUGGUCAGCAGCAAAAAACCCAAGGCUUGAAAGUCAAAGACCGAACCCUGUCAUUCUUGAACGUGUGGGGGAUGAAGAUGCUGAAGAAGAGCAAUCUGAAGAGGUAGAUGAUAAAGUCUGUGAAGCACUGAAACAAGGAAGUGAAAACUUGCACUUAAAUAGGCGUGAAGAAAAUUUAAGAGCAGCAUUUCACUUAAGCACCAAAGCAGAAUCACCUGAAUGGGAAGAAGAGGAGGAGGAGCAGGAGAAGGAAGAUACUGGUGAAGAGCUCCAAACUGCAGUUGUUGAGGGUGUGAAAAAUUCUAUUGGUAAUGAUGGCCAUCAAGUCCACAGUGCUUCAAAAGACAACACUGGUGCCCUGCCAGCAGUGGGAGCAGAGGAAGAGGAAGAUGCUGAAUCUCCCUGGGACUCUGAGAUUAUACAGACGGAUUCUGGAAGUCCGAGAAAAGUAUCGUCUGGUGUGUUGCUCCCAGCUGCAGACAGACACGGAGCAUGCUUACAGAUUGUUUCAGGGGAACGUGACAAUGGCUUUUCGGAGAAACCCAACAAUUCCCCGCUGAAGACUUCUGAAUCUGUUUUGGAAAUGAAGGAAACCUCUGCUAAAAAAAGGCAGCAGAAAUCAGAUCUAUUGGAGGAAUUUGGUUUAGGAGGUGCAGAGGAUAUUGAAGAUGAGUACUCGGGAUCUACCUUUCAUACGUCAUCAUCAGCUGAAAAAGAAGACACCAAGGAUGCCAUUGAAAAUUGUGGGGCGCGGGAUAAAUAUAUUUUAGAAACUACCAACUUGAUAGAAAAAACAGCACAUGAAAAUCAGACUGACAAAGCAGAAAUUUCACAUCAGGAAGCCCUAGCAGAAAAUGAGGAAUUGCACAGUGCUGACAAGCAGUUAAGUCCAAAACCUUGGGAAGAAAGAUAUGAAAGGAUGUGGGUUGAAAAUGAGAAAAGAGAAUUGAAAACAAAUUUUAAAAACAUUACAGCAGAGCUGAAGCAGCUGUUUGGUGAAAUUAAUGAAACUGGGAAAACUACUUCCCAUGUGGAAGAAAUGUCAGAAGAUGGCUUCAGUGAAGAGUUGAAGAGUUCUCGUGUUGUUUCAUCUCGUGUGAUGGAAUCAAGUAAUAAGUUAGAAACUAAAGGUGAAUUUGGAGAUAUUAAACUUAUGCUAGGUGGAAAAGAACCCAAAAUGGAAAUUGAAAUUCCGAGUCUUGGUGUCCUUCCUGAUCCAAAUAACUUAAAUGCAAAUGUGGAAGAUACCUGGAGUACAGAUGAAGAAGAUAGCACAAACGAUACAGGUAAUACAAAGGUGCCUCUAGCAAAAGGAGAGGAAAAGAAAAUGCCCACUAUGGAAAUGGAAGAGAAUGAAAAUGGAAGUAGUAGAAAUGUAGAGGGAAGUCCUGAAUACUCCCUGAGACAUAGCUUAAAAACAAGUAUUUUGGAUGACGCUUCUAGUAUUCUUCCUAAAAUAAGACCUGUUUCUACAAGCGAUGCAAACACACUUUUUGUAACGGAAAGGAAACUUGGAAAAGACUCUGGAUUUAAUUACGAAGUUCCCGGGGACUGCCUUAUUGACAAUUAUAAAAUAGGAGAAACAGAAAUUGACAGUCUUUUUGCAAAUGCUCGGCAAUCCUGUGGCAUGCGGAAAAGGAAUCUUGACGAAGAACUAAAACAAGAUAUGGAAAGAUUUAAGAGUAAGGUAGGAGUGCUGCAAAUAGUAUUCCUGGCUUUGGAGAAAGAGAAGGUACAGCUGCAAAAAGAGGUUGAGAAGGAAAAAAGCAAAGAAAGAUGUUUCAAAACGCAGGCCGUGGCAAAACAGGAAGAUCUUGAUAAAUUAAAUACACCGACGGGUAUUGUUACUGAUCAGCACAUGAAACAAAAGCUUGCUCUAAGGAAGAAUGACUGUUUGAAACUGCAGAAUGAGAACACUGUAGAAGAAAAAGACAAAAAGAAUUUUUCAUCUGAGGAGAGUUCAAAAUUGAUUAAACUGCCGAUGAAAGGUAAAUUUGCCCUGAAUGCCAAAGUUGCAAAGAAAAAUAAAAGACAGACUUCAAAGCAGAAGGCUAAUCAGCAGAUGAGCACUUCCAGUGGGAAUAAUUUUCAAGUACUAGAUGAUAGCACUUUCAGUGAAACAUCUCAAGAUGAAGGAAGACCUGCAGCAAAAACAGGAAGUGAAAAGAACAAGGUCAGCAUACAAAUGGAUGUAACUGAUGACCUUGACUUAACUCACUCAUCUGACACAAGUUCAGAGGAUGUUGAAUUACCAACUUCAACCUACAAAGAGGCUAUGUUCCUGUUAGAACAGCUUAGUGUGGAUCAUACGGGUUCUGCUAUUUUGUUGAAAAUUCAGAACAUACUUCUUGAAUACGAACAGAUAAUAGAACGUGAAAAAAAUCGGUAUACAGCUGUCUGGAGAGAAGUAAGGAAAUUGGAAAGUGAAAAGGAGGAGUCACAAUUAAUAGUGGAAGAAACUCAAGAUUUGAAAUCCAUAUUGGCUCACCAAGAAUUGGAAUGGAAAAGUGAUAUCCAAAGCCUUAAAUUUACUUUGAAACAAGAAGAGGAAAAGAGGCUCAGAGUAGAAACUCUGUAUGAGAAAACAAGAGAAAAACUCAGAAGGAAAGAAGAUCAAUAUUGUAAAGAAAUGGAGGAGAAGCAGCAACUUGAGUUACACUCAAGGAAUUUAGAAACAGAGUUACUAACACUGCAGAAGCUCUUGAAACAGGUUGAAGAAGAGCGUGAUGAAAUACAGAGACAGCUCUCUCAGGAAAAGAGUGCCAGAGCCCUGCAAGAAGAAAUUUUGAACAACCACCUUUGGAGACAAAAGGAAUUGGAAGAAGAGACAAGAAGAACUAUAGGAAAAAAUUCAGAGGAAUCCGACACUGAAAGAGAAGAAGAUCUGUUGUACAAAAAUCAGUUACUACAAGAUGAGAUUGCUAUGCUAAGACUAGAACUUGAUCAAAUAAGACUUAGGCACCAGGAGGAAGAAAGAAAAUAUUUAGAGGAAAAUGAGACCUUGAAAGAAAAAAAUGAAGAUCUCAAAAAGGAACUUAAACUGAACGAGGAAGCCUUAACACAAACAGUUUUUCAGUACAAUGGACAGCUGAACUUAUUAAAGACAGAAUCUGCAGUGCUAACUUCCAAACUUGAGCAGACGAAAGAAAGCAAAGACAGACUAGAGACAGAAAUUGAAUCAUUUCGUUCCCGCCUGAACACUACUGUUCAAGAACUUGAACGUCAUCAGUCAUCAAAAAGUGAUGUCGAACGAACAUUUCAGAGAGAACGCGAUGAAUGGCUUCGCUUGCAAGACAAGCUUCAUCAUGACCUCUCUGAUGUGCGAGAAACCAACAAGAGCUUGUCUCAGCAGCUGAGUAAAGCUGAAGGCAAAGCUAAUAGUCUAGAAAAUGAGCUUCACCAGUUGAAACAAACACUCCGAGAAAAAACAUUGCUUUUAGAAAUGACACAAAAAGAAUUAAGUCAAGCCCAGUGUCAGGCAAAGGAAUGUGAUCAUGCUCGACAACUUGAGAAAGAUCAAGUAAGCAAACUUGUAAUAAAGCAGGAAUCCAUGCAGGAGCGAUUGGCCCAGCUCCAGAGUGAAAACCUUUUACUCCGUCAGCAAUUGGAAGAUAUGCAGAACAAGGGGAUCAUCAAAGAAAAAGUAGUGAAUGAUGUGCAGGACCGGUUUAAUGAUAUUUUCAACAAACUCAGAGCUGAUACUGAAAAGCAAGUUUACCUAGUGGAAGAGAGAAACAAGGAAUUAAAUGCUAAGUGUACUGAUUUAAGAGAACAAGUCUUUAAAUACGAGACUGACAAAGUAGAAAGAGAGGGCAUGGUCAGACAGCUGCAGCAGGAGCUUGCCGAUGCUCUUAAAAAGCAAUCUAUGUCAGAAGCUUCACUUGAAGUUACCACGCGCUACCGCAGUGACCUGGAGGAAGACAAGCUGCGCUUGCAAAAGGAACUGGAAAAGGUUAAAACUAAGUUGCGGGAGUUGGAAGAACAGCAUCUUCAGUCUGAGCGUUGUGUUCGUGAAUUGGAGACUGCCUUGGAUAAUAAGGAAAGGGAAGUAAUAGCUUCUACCCAGAAACUGCAGGACCUCCUGUUGGCAUCUUCUGGGACUAAUGCAACUAGAAAACAACUGGAAGAACAUGUGCAACGCCUUGAAAUUGGAAAUGCCAGACUGGAAGCCACAGUCCAGCAACAAAACAAUAGGAUUGAAGCCCUUCAGAGAGACCUGCAAGCCUCUGCCUCAGUUCAUAACCGCCUGGAAGACUUGAUAACUAGCUUACAGACAACACAGGCAGCUGCAGAGGACCACCUCCACCAGCAGAUGCAAAAGCAGAAUGUGCUGCCUCUGACAUCAAAGGACUCCCACAGCAUGUGGGAAGAGCACUUGAAGUCAAGAUCCCACCUUGAAGAGCGUGUUGCUCAGCUUGACAGAGAAAAGGCUGAACUCCUGGAACAGUGUGAGACUGAAAGAAAGAAAGUGAAGAAGCUGGUAGAGUUGAAACGCCCAGUCGAACUGCGUCUGGACCAAGAAAUGAAAAGAAACAUCGAACUGCAGAAAGACUGUAAGAGGUUGAAGAGGCUUCUGAGCAGAGCUACGAAGAACCUAAGGGUGUAUGAGGAGAGAGAGAUUGAGUCCCAGCUUAAUUUGCAGGGAGAGAUGAAGAACAGGUAUUCUGAAAUGGUCAAUGAAGUUGGUAGAUUAAGAACAAAGGUUGGUGAACUUUCCCAGCAGCUGGAGAUAGAGUCUAAAAAAUGCAUGCAGCUAGAAGCACAAAAUCAGGGUUUGCGAGAAGAGUUGUCCACCAUGCGUGGGAACCAUGAAAAACUGGAGAAGAGCAAAUGCCAGCUGAAAGAAGAGGUGGCUAACCUCAAACAUCGUUUGGAGACCAACAUGGUGGAUCGCAGCCAACUAGAACAAUACAAAAGAGAGAUGGAAGAACGAGCCGGACAAGAGAUAAGACAAAAACUGCAAGAAGUCAAUCUGUUUUUGCAGACGCAGGCAGCCUCCCAGGACAGAUUAGAACAAAUCAGAGCCAAUCAUCAUGCUUCACUGAGAAACCAGCUAAAACACAGAAUUAGAGAUCUUGAAUGUGAAUUGGACAGGAUAAAAAAUACGGAACAAGACAGUAUUUUUCAAAAAGAAUCCACGCAGGCAGAAGUGGAAAGGUACAAAGAACUGUACCUGGAGGAAGUAAAAAUAAGAAGAUGCCUAGCAAAUAAACUGGAAAGAGCUAAUGAGAGACUAGCAGAAGCCAAUGCUAAGCUCCUUCAAGAGCGCCAUAGAAGCAAAUCUUUAAUCGCAAGCAGCAUUGUCAGUGGAGGUCUGGCUGCAAGUCCAGUUCUGUAUUCAACUGAAGUGGGACAUCUUGGCAACCAUUUGGCGCUGAACAGAAGUCUAAGUCUAGGAGGAAGCUUCCUAAGCCAAACCGGGAACGCAUUAUCAUCAAGAAACAGGGUUGAAGCCUAUGUGGCUAAGGUACGGCGGGAACUGGAUGAAAAAAUCACUAAAGAACUUGAAGAGGCCACUGCUGAACUUGAAACUGGAUCUGCUGGAGCUUCUCCCAUGGUAUCUACUGAUGGAUCUUCAAGAAAUGUCCAUGUUGACCAGGAUCCCCUUUGCAGGGCAAUACAGGAGUACCGUGAUGUUCUAACCAAAAAUUAUCUGAUUUGAACAAAAUGCUAGGCAAAGGCUCGGGAAAUAAUUUUGUUUACAUAGCACAUCUGUGGUUUCCCAUCCUUCAGAUUGUUCAGAUGUGAAAACGUGGGGUUUUUUUAUUAUCUGAAUAUAAAUGCUAAGUCUAUUAAAUGGAUGUCAAGCACGUUGCACUUACCUGAUGGUUUAUUGAUGCACAGUUGUUUUAUUUUGCACUCACACUAAGAACCAUAUCUAUUUUUUCUGACUGGCAGAUUGACUACUCUUGACUCUUGAGCUUGACAGAACUGUCAAAAUGUUUCUUAUUAAGGUAGAUGCAUUAUUUUGCUCCACUCAUGUUCUGUGUUUUAACAAAAGCAUUCCCUUUGUUCUGUUUAAUCCCUUCACUCUAUGUGGUUUUUUAUGUUUCCAGUGUUAUUUUAAUGCUUAGGACAUUAUUUGAUGUGCUUGGAGCCCGCUGCUUCAGUCCUGAUGCAGUGAAUAUUUCUGCUGCUAAAGUGAAGUUUUACCAGUGUUCAGGCUGGAGAAUAGGGCACUUUACAUUGCUGUCACUUUAUGCGCCUUAGGUUUAAAACUACUUGUGAAUGUAUAGUAGUGCCAAGAAAGUUAUGUGGUCUUUUUGGUACGUUUGUUUUGUAUCGCAGAACCACAGAAUGGGUGAGGUUGGAAGGGACCUCUGGAGGUCAUCUGGUCCAGCCCCCCUGCUCAAGGAGGACCACCUAGAGACGGUUGCCCAAGACCAUGUUGUCUUUUGAGUAUCUCCAAGGAUGGAGACUCCACAGCCUCCGUGGGCAAUGCUGGGCCACCCUCACGGUGAAAAAGUGUUUCCUGAUGUCCAGACAGAACCUCCUGUGUUUCAGUUUGUGCCCAUUGCCUCUCAUGGUAUUCAUGUUGAUUGUUGUAUUAAAAAUUGCUGCAGCUUUAGACAUUUGCAGUUCCUACAUCAAUACCUGUGGUGCACCUGAAACGCUUUGUAUGGGGAAAAAAGGAAUGCUAAUAUAUCAACUUUGAGCCUCUUUAGUACUUUCCAAAACUUGUGUGAUAGGACAGCCCAUCUCUUUGUUGCUGGUGGCCGCUGAUGAUGUGGUGGCUGUUGUGGGGCAUUUAUGUCAACAAAACAAGCAGUUCUACUUCUUUCAGGGAGUUACCUGUUGUUACUGAAGAUCUGCAGUUGUCAUUUCCUGUCUGCAAAAGUCACUAGCAAUCGGAAGAUUAUACAACAAAGUCCCAGUUCUGGAAAAGUAAGAAUGGUUGACUGAGAUGAAUUAAGACUGGAAAAAAUUGGGGGGUUUUACCCACUAAUUCAAGGACUUGAGUUAACAGGCAGUGAGGAAAGCAAUGAAUGCUGCUGUGACACUCUUCCUUUUUAUAUGAAUAAGUGUUUUUGAAGCUAAUACACUGUAUUUAAUUCCAGAUAUUCUGUUUCAACUUGAUAUUUAAUAAACUUUGUAAUCUAGUAUGUGUCUUUUU